ACUGUGUUUCUGACGGAGUCUGAUGGAGAGCAAGUUUCUGUCAUUGUGGUAAAAUGUGUAAAGUCCAGAUGCUGAGAGCGUUGGUGAAGCAGCGACUAACUGCGGCUGCUGAAGAGAUAUGUGGGCUGUUUGAAAGAACGAUAGCAGAGUACGAGGAGGAACUCUCUCGAUCAAAAGAGGAGAACGAGCGACAACAGAAACUACUGGACGCUGUUUUACACCCUCAGCUUCAGUUACACAGAGCAGAUGUCCAGCAGCUGUUGGUGAGGAAAGAAGAGGUUCCCCCUGAGCAGCAGGAGUGGAGCUCCAGUCUGGACCAGGAGGACCCAGAGCCCCCACACAUUAAAGAGGAACAGGAGGAACUCUGGACCAGUCAGGAGGGAGAGCAGCUUCAAUGGCUGGAGGAGGCUGAUAUCAAGUUCACAUUCACUCCUGUCUCUGUGAAGAGUGAAGAAGAUGAUGAAGAGAAACCUCAGUCCUCACAUCUUCAUGAAAGACAGACUGAACAGAUGGAAACAGAAGCUGAUGGAGAGGACUGUGGAAGACCAGAACAAGCCAGGAACUCUGAUCCAGAUACACAUUUACAGCCAGAUACAAAUGACAAGACUGGAGACUGUUCUGAACCUGAGACUGAAAACAGUGAUGACUGGAAGGAGACCAGAGAACCUCAGUCAGGUUUAAACUAUUUGAAAAAUGAUGAAGUUCCUGUCAGUGAUUUGAGAUGUAGUGCUGGUGAGAAACCAUUUAACCGCUCUGAGAGUGGACAUCUGAAUAGACACAUACAAUCUUGCACAGAAGAAAAACCUUACAGCUGCUCAGUGUGUGGGAAAGGUUUCAUUGGACGUGGAACUCUUAAUAAACACAUGAGAACUCAUACAGGAGAAAAACCUUUCAAUUGCUCAGUUUGUGAUAAAAGAUUUUUGCGCAAGGCAGAUGUCAAAAUACACAUGAGAACUCAUACAGGAGAGAAACCUUUCAGCUGCUCAGUUUGUCCGAAAUCUUUUACACAGAGUGGAAGUUUACAGAAACACAUGAUAACUCACACCGAAGAGAAACCUUUCAGCUGCUCAGUGUGUGGUAAAGGUUUCACUCAAAAUGGAGUUCUUAAGAGACACAUGACAACUCAUACAGGAGAGAAACCUUUCAGCUGCUCAGUGUGUGGUAAAGGUUUCUUUAAAAGUGGAGAUCUGAAGAAACACGUGAGAACUCAUACAGGAGAGAGACCUUUCAGCUGCUCAGUUUGUACGAAAUCUUUUACACAGAGUGGAAGUUUACAGACACACAUGAUAACUCAUACAGGAGAGAAACCUUUCAGCUGCUCAGUCUGUAAGAACUCUUUUGCACAGAAAGUACAUUUACAGAGACACAUAAGAAUCUACCCAGAACACAAACCUUUCAUAUGCUCAGUUGGUGAUAAACGAUUUGCGCACAAGGCAGUUCUGACGGAACACAUGAUAACUCAUACUGGAGAAUACCCCCUUUAGUUCUGUUUCUGAUAAAGGUUUUAAACCAAAUGUAAAUCCAACAUAGCACAUGCACGUCACAGAGGGGAGGAACCAUUUCGUUGCACAGAUAAAAACUAUUACACACUACAUGGCAGUCCACACAGGGGAGAAAUUCAGACUUUCUUCUGGCCUCUUGUUAUGUGGAAAUAAAUGACGCUGCAGAGAUGCUUGCUAAGCCAUCCCUUCAAGCAGGAUUGAAGAACUGAGGGCAAGACUUGGUUCAACAGUAAUCAGCUAAAACCUGUCAGACUUGAGGCUAAUACAGUCUCCAAAGUAAAAGAAAAGUAUUUGCAGCUAAGUUGAAGCUACGCGACCAUUUUAAUUAUUUUUUUAUUUGUCUCUACGGUAUUUUGUUGUUUUCUGGGCACUGGGCUUUUUGGUCUUACAUGUAUUCAUUGAUUAAAUGUUUAAUAAUAUUAAUAAUAAUAAUAAGUAAAUCUUGUUUUACAUCGUCUAGAAGUAUUUCAGGUCCCCUGGGGCAGCUUUGGCUCAGUCGAAGUGUCCUUGAGCAAGACACUAAAUUGCUCCCGAAGGCUGUGCCAUCGGUGUGUGAAUGAGUAUUUAGAUUAGAUCCUGAUGGUCAGGUUGGCACCUUGCAUGGCAGCCUCUGCCAUCAGUGUAUGAAUGUGUGUGUGAAUGGGUGAAUGUUGACAUGUAGUGUAAAGCGCUUUGAGUGGUCGGAAGACAAGUCCAUUUAUCAUCUGACAUCAUCUGAUACAUCUCAACAUCACUGGAAUUUCAUACAGGAGUGAAGAACAAAUUCAAAGUUCUAUAUUUUAUUUGUAUUCCGAUUCAUCAUCCAAUUAAAAAUCUGUGUUAAUUGUACGUCUGAACAACAAAGGGACCACAACAACUUUCUUUUCAUGAUCUGUUAUUUUCCCCAUUACCUUGUAUUAUGGAUAGCCUCCAAUUAAAGUCAGAGAGAGUUUGAGAGUC